UGAGUUUGGUGCAUGGUAUACCUGCCUCAUUCUUCCUCUCUCUUGCCUACCUUCCCCCACCCCCUCCUCCUCCUCCUUUUUCUCUCUUUUUGAAAAAGAAAGAAAAUCUAUAUCGUCCAUGUCAGAUAGAAGUUUCAGGAGACGAGUUCCGGCUACACGCCGGAAUAACAGUCUACCUAAGCUUACCUCAUCCUCUAGCCGACGAACUCCGACACCCAGAAAAUCAAAACCCCAAUCAAAGCCAGUUAAGAUUCUCCAGCGAUGUUACUCGGAACCAAUCCUUUACACGGUCAAACUUGUGUUGACCGACAACAACGUAACCGACAGCGAAACCCAAAUUCUGAAAACCGAUGAUCACCACUUCAACUUCACUCCUCCUCCGUUAGGGUGUCCGUUUCAAUCACCCUCUCCAAGUUGCUCCAAUAUAUACAGUAAGGAAGCGAAGGUGGUGGUGACGGUGACGGUGGAGGGAAGUCCAGGGCCGGUGAGGAUGAUGGUGAAGUUAGGGUGGAGUGUGGAGGAGACUAUAAGGGUUGUCAUGGAAAAGUACAGAGAGGAAGGACGUACCCCUCCCUUGGAUCGCGACGCUACUGCUUCCUCCUUCCACUUGCAUCACUCCUGCUUCAGCUUUCACAAUCUUGAUAGGCAGCAGACAAUUGGGGAAGUUGGGAGCAGAAGCUUCUACCUCCGAAAGGGCAGCGGCAGCUGCGAAAGCAGUUUUUACUCUGAUGGUUUAGGAACACAAACUGCUUCUUCUUCUUCUUCUGUCAUGUCACAAGUUGUUUCUAUGAGAGCCCCCACUGCUACUCCAGGGAUUGCAUCUCCUCCCUCAAUCUUCUCCCUAGAUUUCAUUCGUCAAAGUAUGCAUAUGAUACUAAGAAAAAUGUAUGAGCUCUAAAGAAAAUCUAUUGAUGCCAACGGAUUACACUCGGGUCAUCUGUGCCAGUAGAUAGAUAGACAAGGAUCGAAACUGGGCCAAACAAUAAGAGACUUGUGCAGAACGCUCAUGAGUAGAUGAAAUUGGGCGUCUAGUACACACUUGCAUAUCACUCAAUUUAUGAUGUCAUGGAUUUGGCCAAAGUAUCAGUUUGGUGAGCCUAUUCAAUAGUUGGUCUAUUGUGUGUUCUUCUAAGUCAAUGCUUUUGGUGAAGAGAAAAUAUAGAAAUGAUAAGUCUGAAAUUAAAUAGACAAGAUCUCUCUAGGGCUUCAAUGGUUUAUGUCUAGAGAAAGGGAACCAAUAAGGUGUAUGUAAAUGGAAAUAAUUAUAAGAAGAUUUCUCUCUAACAAGAAGUUGUUUUUUAUGGAUA